GCAACGCGGCCUAGUCUCGAGGAAGGCGGCGUUGGAGUAGAGUGGGCCAGCAUGUCGGGCCCGUCCGGGGACCCGCAGGCGCGUCGGGCGUGGGCGGCUUCGCUGGGGCAGGCGCUGAAGGCGGAGGGUCCCCGCGGGGCGCGCCUGGAGGCCUUGUCCGGCUUGGGGGCGGCCUUGUCCUCGUCCUCGGGGGGUCGCGGGGAGGAGGCGUUGUCGGCGGAGGAGGUGGAGCGCCUGGUGCUGCGGCCUCUCCUCCGCUGCGCCCUCUCCGACCCGGCCGAGCGGUGCCGCGAGGAGGCUUUGGCGCUGCUCCGGCGGGCCUUGGGCCUCGGAGAUGGGAAAGGCCUCUCUCCCGCGGCCUCGUCCGCCCUGCCCGUGCUGGUGCCGGCGUUGGCGCAGCGGUUGUGCCAAGGCGAGGCCGGCCAAGGCGAGUCCUGCGAGGAGCUCCGCCUGGGCCUGCUCCAGCUCCUCUCCGCCCUGCUGGGCGCCUGCGAGGGGCCCGCCUUGGUGCCCUACCUGCCCGAGGCCGCCCCCGCCUUCCGCGCCGCCCUCCGAGACCCCUUCCCGGCCGCCCAGAGACAGGCCUGCGCCGCCAUCGCCUCCAUCGCCCGCGCAGCCCCAGAACAUUUUCACCUGCAAUCAGAAAGCUUCAUUGCCCCCUUGAUGCAAGCCAUUUCCCACCAGCAUUAUCGGGUCCGUGUUGCUGUCAUUCAGGCCACAGGAGCAGUGAUUCAGUUUGGCAAUGCGAAGUCUCUGGACGAUGUGCUCUCCCACCUGGCCCAACGGUGUUUUGACGACAUCUCACAGGUGAGGGAGGCUGUGAUCAGUGUCAUUGGAGAGUGGCUGCUACACCUGCGGGAUAGAUAUUCUUAUUUUCACAAGUUAAUUCCUCUCCUGCUCAGUGGCCUGACUGAUGAAAUGCAUGAGAACAAGGAGCUGGCUCUCACUUACUGGAAGAGAAUAGGUUUGCAGUGGGAAAAAGAAAAUGAAGAGGAUAUUAAGGAUAAGCUUGACUUCUAUUCUGCACCACCUUAUUAUCCUCCAGGACAGACCCGUCCGGAACUGGGAUGCCGGGAGCUUGUGAUCAGAAACUUGUUCAAAAUCCUUCCCGGUCUCUGUCAUGACAUGACAGAUUGGGUGGAAGGCACCAGAAUAAAGUCUUCCCAGCUUCUGGUGAUACUAUUGCAGCAUGUGGAGGACCACAUCACCCAACAUAUGGAACCUCUGCUCAGGACCUUGUACCGCGCAUGCUCAGAAGACAAUAGUACUGUGGUCAGGAAUUGCUUGAAAGCAGCCGAGCUGAUUGGCGUCUUUGUCAGCCCAGCGGUGUCUCUGAAGCUAAUCCUGUCUGACCUGGAGAAAACACCCGUGCCUUCUUGCCUCAUGAUCCUCACAGCCGUGAUCCGUGGCUCCCCACGGAAGGUCUUGCAGCCUCAUUUGGCGUACCUGGCCAACAGGCUCUCCCAGCCGGAAAUCAGCCAGCGCACCGAAGAGGUUUUUUACGUGACACAACUGUUGUCCUGUGUGGAAGCCAUCGUUGAAGUGUGCCAAGAAGACUGUGGAGAAAUCAGCCUCCAGCUCACCAAGGUUCUCAUCACCAUCAUGGCCAUCCCGCCCAAUGUCGGGCAUUUACAUGUGAAGUUAGAGGAAACAAUGAACACAUUGGCUGAGGUGCAGCAGUUAGCAGGGAUUGUUGGCCUCUACCGACAGCAUAUGGCCCAGCUGAUGGAGUGGGUGUCUCUGACUCACCCUCGGUGGACCUGCUACUCCCCAGAACUACUGCAGUUGGAUGUCAUUGCCACUCAUUCAGGCCCGGUAAUAGGUGAGGCUCUUCCAAGUUUCAUUCCCAUUCUUCAAACGUGCCUUCAGACGUCUGUAGACCCUCGAGUACGUCUGAAGCUGUUCGUGACCUUAUCCCAGUUGCUUCAGAAGCCAGAGGAGACCCUCAAUUCUCAAGGGCAGUUCGGGAACUACCUUGAGACGGUGAUAAAAGACAUCCUGGCUCCUAAUCUGCAGUGGCAAGCGGGAAGAACCGCAGCUGCCAUUCGCACGACGGCCGUCUCCUGCCUCUGGGCCCUGAUUUACAGUAAACUCCUUUCUGCAGAAGAGAUGGUGAGCGUCAGCAAUGACCUGAUGCCUAAAAUCAUUGCCACGCUGGACGAAGAUUCCAAAACGACUCGCUUGCUAUCCUGUCAGAUUAUUGGCACGUUUUUGGACAGCUGUGGGAACCAGUUCGAACUCACCAAAAUAUAUCCAGAACUCUUAAGCCGAUUGGAAGAUCGGUCGCUUGAUGUCCGCCUGGCUGCAGCUAAAGCCUUGACGAGUUGGUUCAGGUGUAUCAAUGACGACGAGAAGAAAGCCCUGUUGAAAGACAAUAUUCGGUUUGUGUACGAGACGCUUCUGAUUCACCUGGACGACCCUGACCAUAACAUCCAAUCCGCUGUCUUGGAUACUUUGAAAGAAGGGGGCCUCUUGUACCCGGACGCGUUGGCGAAAGAAAUCGAAGCCGUGGUGCACAAGCACCGCACGCCAACCUUCUGCGAUCAGCUGCUGUUCCACCUUGAAUCGACCGGAUGGAGAUACUCCGAGUCAUAAAUGCCUUACUGUUGUCCUCUCAUGCCGCCGUAGUAGUGGGACGCUUCAAUAAACGGUGACGUUAAAAAGCUGGUGCUCUUUCGAAAUUCAGCUCAUUUUCUAAAUAAAGUUUUGUUGUUGUUAUUAUUAUUAUUAU